AUGCUGAGCCGGCUGCAGGAGCUGCGCAGGGAGGAGGAGACGCUGCUGCGGGUCAAGGCGGCGCUGCACGAUCAGCUCCGGCGGCUGCGGGUGGAGGAGCUGGCACUGCAGUCCAUGAUCGGGGCCAGCGAGGAGAAGGUCCCUGUGCCCCUGCCAGCCCUGGCCGAGGACAUUCAGCAGUCUCUCGGGCAGAUGGACAACGAGGCUGCCAUCAAUCAAACUGAGUUACACCUUAGUCUUCAGAAUGAUAAAGAAGAGGAAGAGGAAGAGGAGGAAUCUGAUUCUUGAGAGAAAAUCAGAGAUGGUUUUUCAUACAGACUCAGGAAAUUCUUCUUCAUUCAUCUGAAACUCACCAAGUGAUUUCCAUUUUGUGCUGUGUGUGGAUAUGAACUAUUUGAUAUAUCAGAGUCAGGGCAGUGACACUGAACACGUGAAUUUCACAGACUUGGCACAUCUUGACUCAGAUGUUGAAAGAAUAAAAAUCUGCUGCACAAAUGUAGCAAAAUCCAUUCCACAUUUCAAACCUAAUGUAGCUCUUACAACAUCUUUGUAUGUGGAAGGGAGAAGUAAUUGAUCAACCAGACUAAUUAACACAUGCACUAAAAGCAAUAACUUGUCUGUUCUCACUUCCUGGUGUGAGAAACAAAUCCAGGUCCUGGAGGCUGGUGCUGCCCCAGUGAUUACAUUAUAACCUCAUUUGCCUAAACUGGGAAUUUAAGAUACAGGGUGAGAAAAGAUGUGUCCAGGGCUGUCUCCAGCCUUCAGCUGCUGUGUUCUCAGUUCCAUGGAAAGCUGGAGUUACUCCCAGAGUCCUCCCAGUGUCAGCCCAAUUCUGAGCACAGCAGGGAGGUUUCUCUGUCCCCCUGGUGCUCUUCAGUUCUGUCAGUCUGUCCCAGAGGACUUUCUACUUCUGCUCCUUCAGAGCAGCAGCCAAGGAGCCUUUAAUUUGUCCACAAAUUGUAGAGCAAGAAAUGAUCUGUGGUGCUUGUAACAAACUAAUACUCUUAAA